UGAAGUUUUCGUGGAUUUCUCUGGUUUUUCGCUCGUCUUUUCCUCAGAUCGAAUGCCUGAAGCUAAUUCAGGAGCAGCGGGUCGUCUCAGGCACUCGACAAGGAGGGGAAACGGCGGAUGCGCCGAGAUUUGCUUCUAUCCCUGUGGAAGAGGGAAGCAGCCAACUAGGAGUUGGCAACACACUCCGAUUAGGAGCAGAGCGAAACCGUCUGCUCUUUUAGAUACUCGUAAAUAAAUUACUAGAAGAUGGCUGUGCAAGGAGGGUCUUUGACGCCGUUCACCAUCCAGGAUAUUCUUACCCGGGGCAACGACACGAGGCUGGGUCGGAACCAGAACCAGGAGCGGGUGAAAGUCGAGCCGCGCAGCCUGAAUUCACAUCGCGAGCAGGACCGGGAGAAACGGACGCCUCUGAUUGUUAUCCGGGUCGAUCAGAAGCAGGACGACGCGGUAACGGGUGGCCCGGGAGAAAGCGAGAGCCAGCAGCCGCGGGCCGAUGCGCUGAAUGGCGAGGAACAACCCGGGGAGAAGGGAAGCGGGCGGCUGUUCGUGGAGACUUUCAACGAGGAAUCCAACGAAGGAAAUAACUGGGAAAAUAACUCCGAAAAGUGUGAUAAAGAUCCGGAUCGCCAGACAGCGACAGAUGACGACGAAAAGUCGGAGAGACUUCUACCGUCCGACCAGCCCGGUAAAUCCGGUAAGAAACGCUCCCGGGCCGCAUUCUCUCACGCUCAAGUCUUCGAGCUGGAGAGGAGAUUCAAUCACCAGAGAUAUCUGUCGGGCCCUGAGAGGGCGGAUUUGGCAGCCGCCCUCAAACUCACAGAGACGCAGGUUAAAAUCUGGUUCCAGAAUAGAAGAUACAAAACGAAGAAGAGGCAAAUGGCCGCGGAGCUGGUGGUUAAUUCGGUGCCCGCCGCGGCCAAGAAAGUAGCCGUCAGGGUGCUGGUCCGAGACGAUCAAAGACAAUACAGCCCCGACGAAUUAGGAAAUCCGCACUUACUCUCGCUGUAUCAGGCCUAUCAAUACUAUCCCUACAUGUACUGUCUCCCCGCUUGGCCUCCGUCCGUUAUCCCCCUCUGCGGAGGAACUCAUUGAAAGGACAAAGGGCGUGGGUGAGGGAUGGAGGAGAAAGGGUGAAAAAAAACAGGGAACUUAAAAAUAUUUUUAAACUAUAAAAUGGACAGUACGCAAUUCCUCCGGCAAAAUGUUUUGCAAUCGCCUGCAGAUGCCAAUGAGUCGUCGGAUCGGCCUCGCGUUUAACACGCAGGAAGCUUGUUCUUUUAAUAAACUCAUUGAGACAAAGAAGCGAGGUCAGACUGAAUGAAUAAUUGUUUUGGAGAGGAGACAUCGGUGAGAAUAGGGGAUGGGUUGGUGGGAGGAAUAGACAACACGGCGACCUUUCAAAAAAAAUAUUAACAAUGUAUCUCUUCCCUGUCAGUUGUUCGGUGGUUUGCCUUUCUCGUGUUAAGCAUUUGGUGCUGACCGACGUGGCCCUUCGAUACACCGACGAAUGGCCGAGUAGGUCACGAAGUCAUUUUUCCAAAGCCAAAUAUUAAAGAUAGAGAGAAUCCAAAUAUUUCCGGCGAGACCCAAAGCGCAUUUUCUGAUGAAUACUUGACUAUGGUUUUUCUACAUUAGAAAAUAAAUGGAAGGAAUGAGACUUUACAGGAAUGGUUUCGUUUUCAAAACCAGCCGUCCAGAAGGUCUACUUUUUUUUUGCACUGCUUUCUGCACGUAGCUAACAAAUACAAGCAGAAUGUUAUAAAUAUAUAUUUAAACUUAGCAUUUAAACUUUGAUUGCUGAUGUAACUGAAAACCUUGAAACGAAUUUGGUCUGUUCAUUUCUCUUAUCUUGUUUGCUGGCAUCACUAAUUUCUCAAAACUUGCUCAUUCGAUUUAUAAUUUUUUUGAAAAGAACAGUUCUUAAUUUUCAUGAUGUAGUUUUUAAUGUUUGCACAAUUAAAUAUAUAUUACUGGC